AGACACACGAUCUACUCGAGUCGAAAGGCCUUUCGAUUUGUUUUGGAUCAGCCAAGAGCCAAGACUUCAUUCGACGUGGUUGGUCAAUUAAACCACUCACGUCAUCGUUGAAUCAAUUGAUUCUCGUUCGGCCGUCGAUCUAUCUUGAAAAUCAGAGCUAUUGUCCGCUACAAAACUACCCUAUAUCGCCCGAUGGCGCGGUAACCUCUGAAUCCAAAUCAAUCGGAUGGGGCUAGGAGAGGAACGUGACACGUUUGAUUGGCUUAUCGCGUUAACGAGGAUACGAUAUCAACGUCACCAGUUGGAUCAAGCGUGACAUCUGAUUUUGCACCGACACGUUGAAUUCAAUUGUGAGAGCAUCCCUCAUUGAGAAUAUGGGAGCAUUCAUGAGCAGCAUGAGUGGCGGUGUUUUCCUACAGACACCUUCAGUUGUGCCCGCCAACCAUUUCACUCCGUUCCGGUUUUGCCAAUUAGGCGAUAUCCAGCUUGGAUUCGGUCAGGAUGGUUGGAAAAAUGACGUGCACAGAAUGCAACUAGCCGCAGAGCAAGUCAACGCCGAGGACUUCGACUUCUGUAUUGCCGUCGGUGACCUAACCAACAGCCGACAUCCUCAUGAAAUCACCGCAUUCCAGCAAACAUUUCCAAACUUCACGGUGCCCGUCCACCUAUUACCAGGAAACCACGACGUCCACGACUUAACCACGCUGAAACAGUUCACCCAGGACUUCAACACGAGUGACCACAGCAGCUUCACGAACAAUGGCUAUCGGUUUAUUCUCCUCAACUCGAUCACGAUGAUCACCGAUCUAGCCGAAUUCAAAAAUCAUACGGCAGACGAAUGGAGCUGGUUCGAGCAAGAGCUCAAAUCAGCCUCCCGCGCAGGCGAAAGGAUUGUCGUCGCGCACCACCAUCUCCCCUUUGAGGGUAGUGAGGACGAGCCGGACGGGUAUUGGACUUUCCCGAACCGUGUGCGUCGCAAGUAUCUUGGUCUGAUCCGCAGAUAUGGUGUGCGUCAUAUCCUUGUUGGACAUAGGCAUGAGACGAAGAAUAUCUAUCCUGCUGAUGGAUUCUAUACGAUAUAUGUCGUUGCGGGAACGGCGCGGUUCUUUGAUGGAAAUGGGUUCGGAAUCAACUAUUUUAAUGUCUCAUCACGGGAUUCAGCGAAUGAUGUUGCUCAGGAGUAUAUUCAUCUAAAGGGUGUUACGCACAUGAAAAGGUCUGAGGGCCAGCCGACUGGGUGUCCGGAUAUCUUUCAACAUGAUCAAUGAGUUACGGUAUAGGUUGGCAUGGUGGUGUGUGUUCAGUAUGGUGUCCCGUCAUGACAUGUGUAAUGAUACAAAGCCCUGAAAUAUGAAAAUGGUUCUUAAGCUAUUGAACGGAAACAGAUACCUAGGAUAUAAGACAAAAUGCUAAAGGAAUA